AAGCCAGAGAGUGUUUUACCGCAGUAUCACUAUAUUUCUGCAUAUCUCUCCCGCAUUCUGCGGCAGUCAGGUUAGUUUGGGGGGAGGGAGAUCCAUCUGGUAGGUAACGCAGGCAGUCUCACUAGCUCAUUCUUUUUUUUUUUAGUUUUUAUAUCAUAAGAUAGCAGACACAGCAGUACAUUCCGUCACAUUCAUAUUUAUUUGAAGACAAAGACAAAGCCUUUUGACAGCAGAUAUCGGAAUACACACGUAUGUGCUUGAGAACCACUUUGGUCAUUUAAACCACAGCUUUAACUUUUGUCUUUAGAUUUGUGACAAUUUGCCUUAUAUGUUGGCAUUUUACACUUCAUCCUAGGGCAAAAACAUACAUAGUUAAUAAGGGAUAGGCUAAUCAAAUUGCGAAAUCGUGCGUGACAGAGGCGAAACGUCAGUCGAAAAUGGCAAAGGACAGUGAAAAGAAGACUUGCGGCCAGGUCAUGGACGAAUGGAAGGAAUUCUUUUGGAACCCGCGCACCCACGAGUUCCUGGGCAGGACAGCCAGCAGCUGGGGUUUGAUUCUGCUGUUCUACCUGAUCUUCUACAUCUGCCUGGCUGGCAUGUUCGCCCUCACCAUGUAUGUGAUGCUGCUGACCCUGGAUGAUUACAACCCAACCUACCGGGACAGGCUGGCGACUCCAGGCAUGAUGAUUCAACCCAAGGGGAAAGCAUUGGAGAUUGUUUACAAUAUUGAGGACACUGAGAGCUGGGACAUGUAUGUCCACUCCCUGAACACCUUUCUUUCCACCUACAAUGAUUCCCAUCAGGCCUUGAGCAACAAAGAGUGCACCCCGAAUGAGUUGUUCACACAGGCGGACAGUGGAGACAUCAAGAACAACCCGAAGCGCUCCUGCCAAUUCAACCGCACCAUCCUGGAGGCAUGUUCGGGCCUGACAGACCCCUACUAUGGCUACGACGUCGGCAAGCCCUGUGUCCUCGUCAAACUGAACCGAGUCAUCGGAAUGCUUCCAGGGAAGAAUAACCAGUCUCCAAAUGUCACCUGCAAAGUCAAGAAAGACAAUGAAAACGCAGUUCGUGAGCUCAGUUUCUACCCCCCAGAUGCAGCCUUCAACAUCAUGUACUUUCCAUACUAUGGCAAAAAAUCCCAGGUGAACUACUCCCAACCCUUGGUUGCAGUAAAGUUCCAGAACAUCUCCGUCAAUACUGACGUCAGUGUUGAGUGCAAGAUCAACUCCGAGGCCAUUGCCAACCCUACAAGUGAGAGAGACAAGUUUGCUGGACGCGUCUCCUUCAAGCUGAGGAUCAACCAGAAAGUCUAAAUGCUCCACCCUUCCCCUUUCUCAUUCGCUCACAGGAAAAUACACACACCAAUGCACAUGAAUCCAUGACCAUGUACCAGCAUUAGCACCCUACUCUGGUAAGCUGGCACAGUUUUUGUUUUCGUCCCUACUUACUGAGUUUACGUUCAUCGUUUGUUGUGGAAUUGUCUGUGCUUCCAGUGUCCUGACGAUUCAGGGCAGUAGAGGAAGCACGACAGCACUCCCCCUCCCCUGUCUGCAAACCAUCUCCUCCGUCUUCCAUCACACGCAUGUUGCUAAUAGUCAGAGACUAUGCUGGUUGUCACUGCUGUAACUUGGCUGUGAGAACUCCCUGAUCCCAUCAAGAGUGGAAUCAUCUGGAAUUAUGGCCUUCCUCAGUCCCCAUAAAUCUCUUUGCAACAGCCCAGCCCCGUAUCAAUUACCCAUUCCUUUAAAGUAUAUAUUAUUGAUAAAUCAAAUAUGAGUAUGCAAACGGUGAUUCAUUGACUUUCCUGAAGAAAGAAAGGGUGCCAGUUCUGAGUAUAUACUGACAUGUGUUUCUGUGUGUAAUGUUUGGGACAUAGAUAUAAUCUUGUACAGCAGUUUGAUGUAGUCCAUUUAUAUGCAUGACUGGUUAGGGAAUAUAUUAUAUAUGUACGUAUAUAUGUGUAUGCGUGUGUGUGUGCGUGUGUACAGGUAUGUGUGUGUGUGUGUCUCUGUGUCAGUGUGCAUACUGUAUAUCACUAUAUUUAUAUAUGCACAAAGCAUUUUGAUUGAUUGAUUGGCAAAGAUGUGGUUAAACCGGUUGGUUUUGCUUCUUUGUUACUACCCCUUCAAUCACCAUAUUUACUGUUCCAGAUACAAACUACAUUUAUGGGUAAUCUGAUAAUUGCAAAGUAUGUAUUUUGUUCAAACUGAACAGCUUUCCCCUAAUGGUCAAGUUGUUCUGUCACUCCAUUCAUGAAGUUAUGAAGGACAUUUUAGGAUGGCUUCAUGCUACUGGCUACCAUUAAAUUAUAAACUAAUUAUUAUAAAUUGGCAAUCUAAUUUAUGCAUAUCUAACCUAAAAGAUGGCAUGGGUAUGUCACAGGGACAGUGGAUUUUACAGGCUGAGUUAAGUAGGUUUUUAUUCUAUGCUUAAGUCUGAUAAUACUGAUAGUAAUGAUGGUUUUCUGUGUAUUGGGCCUUCAGUUCUUCAAUGCCUUUCAACAGGUUUCCUCUGGAAUUAGCCCCUUCUAAUCCCCUGAAGCCCAUUUGCAAAUUCACCUAAAUUGGCUCAAAUAAAUCAAAACGUCCUGAGCGUGCAUAUUCAUAUAUGCACAAUACAGCAUAUGCACACAUGCACAUGCACUCAGAUGCAACAAACACACACAUACUUCAACUCAUUCAUAUAUGAAGGUCCUAAGAUCUCAUGGUACAGGUCUGUUUAUAUGUAUGUACACUGCAACAGGUUGUCAUGUGUCAUGUAUGUAGUACCAGUAGAUGUCAUUGUGAUGUUUUGUAUUGAUUUGCACUGGACUUGCACUUAAUACUUUAUGCUUUAUAUGCAAUCAAUACGUACUUCACUAAAUUCAUAUGUCUGUUCUUUUAUUCGAUGCCCUACAUUCCUUUGCUAGAAAGCUGUCAUAUUCCCAUAUUCAUUUCUCACAUUAAGCUUCUCCUUGGAGAUUUAUUUUGAGAAUGUGUCCUAGUUUAUCUGAAUUGCCAUAAUUAUACCAUGCUGUUCCUCUGCCUGAGAGACAUAGGCCUAGCUAACGCCUGUAGCCACCCCUACAUUCAUGGCUCAAAUGAGCUGAACUAACUAGGUGUUGUGUCUCCCAUGCCCUCUUUGUUAUGUGUUGAAAGGAAGAUAACAACCAAUACCACUUUCUCAUCUUUGCCGUGAAAUGAAGGAGUGUUCUCUGAGUCACAGCUUCUUGAGUUGCACUAAAACACAGUUAUUACUCAUAUUCCCUGCCGCCCACCCCAUGUCCCCUGAUCGUAAUGCGAUUGUAAUGUUGAUCUGACAGCAGUGCACUGCACAUCACACAAUGUAUGAUCACUGGCACUCUGUUUUGGUCGGGUCAAUGAACUCUAAGGCUUCCUAACAGGGACUGGGUCCCCCUUCAUAUUUCUAUUCUGUUAACAAUGUCUCCUAUUCAGGGAAAAUUCUACUCUUCUGGUGGCUUCUUGCAAUCUCUUUUGCUCCAUGAAAAGUGUUUUGUAUCUAAUUCCUAUUUUUACGGUAUUUCUCUUGGCUUAUUUGCAUUUCUCUAUAUCUCUCCCACUCAUGUAGUUUUCUGAUACAGCUGAUACAGACAGGCUCCAUAAGAAAUAUGCACUUCAGCACUAUCCUCCGCUUUCGGUACUUCUCCUUUCAUCUUUUAUUCCCUUCUGCUUCUUAUUAAAUCUUCAGUUGCUCAGCCAUGCCCUUGCUUGCUGUGCUCCUGUCCCACACAAGCAAGAUCUUUAGGACUUAGUCGUAUAUACACCAUUGAGUAUGGGUCAGUUUCAUACCACAGAUAUAGCCAGUAUACUUUAGUGAGUUAUGAUUGUAGUGUAUAUUAGUGUUGAUUCGUGUGCAUGUUGGGGUGACACUUAACUGUAUACUGAACAUUUCCCUCAACCAAAGACCCUUCGCAUGCCACAUCACCUUUACUUACCCAUCUGUCCGUUUGUUCUGAGCUGGGACCAUGGAUCACUCCAGGAACACUAUACUGACUGGAUGAUCUUUUUUUAUGGCUGUUUUACAUAACUCCUCUAUUUGUUCUAUGGAAGGCCAAUUGAAAUGGUUGUGUUUAUUAAUUUAUUCAUUAAUUUAUAAAUGUAUUAGUUUUGACUUGUUUUGUGCUUAUUUCACUGGCUUUUUGCAAUCAAUCCAUCCUUCUUUGAAGUCUAAAAUUCAAUUCUGUGUCAGAACCUUUUUUCUGCCUGGCAUUCGUUAUCAUUAUUAUGCUAUAUUAGGCUUGUCAUCUCUCUAAAAGUGACAUUUGUAGUUUCUGUUUAGUUUGGUACUCACAGACAGUUAAACAAGUACCAAACAGUUGCCCUUGAAAAAUGUAAAAAGGAAACUUGAUGACUUGACAGAGUGGCAAACAGUUUGAUUAUUAUUUUAGUUUUACCAACAUUUCUGUGUGCAGCUGUAGAGACACAACAAAGUAAGAGCAUUGUCUUAUUUUCAUAUAAAUAGAUUGGAUCUGUGAAGUUACUGUAUGUAUCUAAUUUAUUGUAACAAACACAUAGAAAGCCUGUGCAAGUUUUGGCUGGUGGAUAAAUUUAAUCCCAACCCCCACCCAUCCCCCCCAGCCCCCUUCCCACACACACUAAGAAAUGAGACUUUCAUAUCUUCAUUAUCAUUACGGGAGCAUCCUGUUAUAUAGCACUGAUCGGUGUUGCAGUAUGUAACAGUCCUGUUUGAAGAAAUAUCCCUUUAUCUUUAAGAAUUGCUGCCAUCUUGCUAGCUGUACCCAAUCCACAGUAUGACAAAAAGGAUUAUUUCCCUCCUUCAGUUGCACAGGAUAUGAACCAGUAUAUAAAAGUCACUUGCCGUUCAUGACCUGAAAUCUUUAAAUAUCCUUCUUUAGAAUUAAUAUUGUCAUACUCUGCUAAGAAUAUGAGUCAUUUCUGUGUUGUCCAUUUAAUUAUAUUUUCAUUUUGACCUGGAGAUGUCUUCUAAAGCAAUAUUUAUAUAUCUUGCGUGGCUGUACAUAUAUAUUUUCUCCUUGGGCUGGCUAUUUCAAAGAUGGUGUAAAAGGACCUACUGAGUGAGAGAAAGAAGAAUGGGUAUGUGUAAAAAUAUAUAUAUAUAAAUUCUGCCAACGCACAGUAUAAAGAUUAAAAACAAGGAUGACUGGAUUAAAUAGUUUUUCAGACAAAGAGAUUUAGCAUUUUUACUCUUAUUUUUAAGAGAAUAUAAUACAAUAGCUAUGGAUUGUAGUUGUUACUGUAGAUAGGUGAUCUGAUAGCUAUGUGUCAGCCAGUUAUGUCUAACUGAUGAUCUAAACACUUGAAGGGUGAACAUCUAUCAAGUACAUUUGAAUGAUGCAGAUGUUUUUGGUUUUGACUUUUUGUUUUUCUUCUCAUUUUUCCUUUCUUAUUUUUUUAAAUAUUUUACAAUCAUGCUGUGCUUGUUGUGUUGUAAUGCUUUUGUAACUUUUUGUCACCAUUCUGUUGAGUGCCCAGCAUUUCCCAGGUUACAUUUAUGCAGUGUUUGUUGAAGUAAUAAAACAUGGCUUCUCAUUACAAUAUUCAAUAUGUCUUAUGCAUUUAUGUAUAUUGUUUACUGAAAAAGAAUGUUUACAAUGUGUAGAACAAUCCAUACAAUUCAAAUAAAAAUGUUUUUGAGCGUACAGAAACGUAAAAUUGUUCAACAAAGCCUUUACAAUCUAGUAGAAAGUUUAAAAUUGGAAGAAAACUGCGCAUCAUAUGUCUCUGAAGAGUAAUUAAAGGUAGGAUUUUAUUUUUUAAAGGUUAUGGGAAAUGUGCUUAGAGAAAAAAAUCUUAAUCUCUUCCUAUAUAGCUGGCUGUUAUUUAUUAUUUUUGACGGCAGUUUUUCUUUAUUUUUUUGCAGUCACUGUAAUUUUCUUUUUGUUCAUUUUCAUCGUAAAGAUAUUAGAGAAACCAAUAAAAUUACAAUUAAAGAAAAAAA